AUGGAUCCAACGACGCUCACCAAAAGGUUCAUGACCUCUCGCGGAUUCGAGUACUCAUACUACAGAGGUCCGCCUUCGCCAGAGUCGCUUGUUGAAUUCGACCCCAACGACCCUCCGCUCCCCGCUCUGUUGUUCUUGCACGGCUUUCCCACAAGUUCUCAUCUCUGGAGGCAUCAAUUCGCGUUUUUUCGUGAGCGCGGCUUUCUAGUGCUAGCGCCCGACUUGUUGGGUAUGGGACACACAUCGAAACCGACGGACACCCAAGCGUAUCGGCCAAGCUCGAUCUGCAAGGAUAUCGUCGAGCUCUUGGACGCUGAAGGGGCCACGCAGGUCAUCGCGAUAGGGCACGACAUGGGUUCGAAGAUAGCCUCCCGUUUCGCAAACAUCUAUCCGGAACGAUUUCUCGCGUUCGCGUUUCUUGCAGUGCCGUAUAGCGCGCCACGGCCGAACACGCAGAUCGAGUUCACCUCGCGGAUCACAAAAAAGAUGGCCGGGUAUGAGCUUAUUGGCCACUCCCUAUUUUAUUCAGAAGACGAUGCAGCAAAACUUAUCGAAAGCCGACUGGAUUCUUUCUUUAGCGCGAUAUUCCCAAGGGAUCCUAAACUCUGGGCUACGCAUGUGUCUCCCAUCGGCGCACUCAGGGCCUGGCUAGAGAAGGACAGUAGGGCAAUGAUGGCGCCGUACGUGCAUCCAGACGACAUAUCAGUGUGGCGCACUAUAAUAUCCCAAGAAGGCAUUGCAGCUGCAUUGUGUUGGCACAAGGCGUUUACCAGCGGCCUAAAUGCGGAAGAUGAUAAGGAUAUCCCGCUGGAUUCAUAUCCGAUCCACAAACCCGUGUUCUUUGCCGCCGCAAACCACGACCGUAUCUCUCAAUCAGUUCUCGGCAUUGCGGUUACCAGUUAUCACUGCAAAAAUACCUCUGUUCGCAAGUUCAAUGAUGGACAUUGGUUGAUGAUGUCGUCUCCCUCGGAGGUCAAUCAGGCGCUUUUCUCUUGGAUCAUGGACUGCCUGCCAUGA